AUGGCCAGAACGCUGCCCAACCACGCAGACUUGAUUGACUAUGAGCACGCUGUCGCGGGACAUGAUGGCAUACUUCGUGAUGCCGACGGCGAGCUCUUCAUUAAGCCUUGCACAGCCGCUGAGAUCGCGUUCUACGAAUCCUCCCGCGCCUACCAUCCAGAAUUCGUCGAGCAUAUGCCAAACUUCCUUGGGUCGCUGACCCUGGACCAACAACAAAAUGGCACAACUAUCGAAGAGGCCGGCGCGGCUUUGAUCGCAAAACAUAGCAUCCCCGAGGUUGUGGUCCCCAAAAGAGACAACAACAGGAAGAUAGCCACCAAACAAGCCAUUGUGCUAGAGAAUGCCGCCCACGGCUUCGUAAAACCCAAUAUCAUGGAUUUGAAGCUUGGUGUACGGUUAUGGGCCGACGAUGCGCUGCAAGAGAAGAAAGCGCGCUUCGACAAACUCUCGGACGAGACUACACAUAAAGACCUGGGUUUCCGGAUAGCGGGCAUGAGAGUAUACCAGGGGCCUAAUGCGGUGGGCAAAGACAUAGACGCAGGCGGUCACAAAAUCUACGAUAGAGAUUAUGGUAGACUUACUAUCCACAAGGACAAUGUCCAAGAGGCAUUCCGGGACUUUAUUUUCAUCAAGUCGGCUGGUAUCGACGAAGAACUAGGGAAAUUGGUAACUCAGGCAUUCCUUGCUGAUGUUUCCCGGAUUCAAGAAAUCUUAGAAGCGCAGGAGAGCCGCAUGUUCUCUUCAAGCCUCCUAUUUGUCUUCGAGGGUGACGGGGCCGCCCUGAGAUCUGCCAUGGAAGAAGCGAGUAAGCCGCCGGCGACUCUCGCGAAUGGCGACGCGAAUUCCGAGGAGGAUGACGACGAAGAUGAAAACCCACGUCCUAAAAUCUAUGACGUGAAGAUUAUCGACUUUGCACACGCGGAUUGGACCCCUGGCGAGGGACCCGAUGAGAACUCGCUGAAGGGCGUUCGGAGUGUGGUUAACAUUCUUCAGGAGCUGUCCGAGAGCGGUUGA